GCGGCAGCACGAGUUCGGUGCAGACCGAGGCCAUGAAGCAGAUUUUGGGGGUCAUCGACAAGAAACUGCGCAACCUGGAGAAGAAAAAGAGCAAACUUGAUGAUUAUCAGGAUCGAAUGAAUAAAGGGGAACGCCUUAACCAAGAUCAGUUGGAUGCAGUUUCCAAGUACCAAGAAGUCAGUAAUAACCUUGAAUUUGCUAAGGAACUGCAGAGAAGUUUUAUGGCUUUGAGCCAGGAUAUUCAGAAAACAAUAAAGAAGACAGCUCGACGGGAACAGCUAAUGAGAGAAGAAGCUGAGCAGAAACGUUUAAAAACUGUACUUGAAUUGCAGUUUAUUUUGGACAAGCUUGGUGAUGAUGAAGUGCGCAAUGACCUAAAACAAGGAACAAAUGGAGUGCCUGUACUAACGGAGGCAGAACUGUCAACAUUAGAUGAUUUUUAUAAACUAGUUGAACCUGAACGGGAUAUGAAUGUGAGGUUGAGUGAACAGUACGAACAGGCGUCCAUUCAUUUGUGGGACUUAUUGGAAGGAAAGGAGAAACCUGUAUGUGGAACAACCUACAAAGCCCUAAGAGAGCUCAUUGAACGCAUUCUUCAAACAAAUUACUUUGAUAGCACUCACAACCAUCAGAAUGGAUUGUGUGAAGAAGAGGAGGCAGCACCAACACCAGCAGUCGAAGAUCCUGUUGUAGAAGCUGAGUCAGAGCCAACGGAAGAAUACACUGAACCCGGUGAAGUUGAAUCAACAGAGUAUGUUAACAGACAGUUCAUGGGAGAGACUCAGUUCAGCAGUAGUGAGAAGGAACAGGUAGAUGAGUGGACAGUUGAAACUGUUGAGGUGGUAAAUUCACUCCAGCAACAACCGCAGACUACAUCUCCUCCAGUUCCAGAUGCCCAUACGCUUAAUGUAGUGGCUCAGGCUGAUCCUCUUGUUAGGAGACAACGAGUACAGGACCUUAUGGCACAGAUGCAAGGCCCUUACAAUUUCAUGCAGGACUCCAUGCUGGAAUUUGAGAACCAGGCACUUGAUCCUGCUAUUGUUUCAGCGCAGCCGAUGAAUCCAGCACAAAACUUGGACAUACCACAAAUGGUUUGCCCUCCAGUUCAUACUGAAUCCAGACUUGCACAACCCACCCAAGUUCCUGUACAGUCUGAAGGCACACAGGCGUCAAUAACCUUAAAUGCUGAUCAGACACCAGCAUCAUCACCACUUCCAGCUGUGUCCCAGCCUCAGGUAUUUCAGGCUGCGUCUAGCAAACCUUUGCAUAGCAGUGGGAUCAAUGUUAAUGCAGCUCCAUUCCAGUCCAUGCAGACAGUAUUUAACAUGAAUGCACCUGUUCCUCCUGUCAAUGAGCCAGAAACCUUAAAGCAACAAAGUCAGUACCAGACCACUUACAGCCAGACAUUCUCCAAUCAGCCUCACCAAGUAGAGCAGUCAGAACUUCAGCAAGAACAGCAGCUUCAGACAGUGGUUGGCACCUACCAUGGUACCCCGGACCAGUCCCAUCAAGUGGCAGGUAACCACCAACAGCCUCCACAACAGAAUACUGGGUUCCCACGUAACAGUCAGCCUUAUUAUAACAGCCGGGGAGUGUCUCGUGGUGGAUCACGCGGCACUCGAGGCUUAAUGAAUGGAUACAGGGGACCAGCCAAUGGGUUUAGAGGCGGGUAUGAUGGCUACCGACCUUCAUUUUCCAACACUCCAAACAGUGGUUAUACACAGGCACAGUUUAGUGCUCCUCGGGACUAUUCCAACUAUCAGCGGGAUGGUUAUCAACAGAACUUCAAGCGUGGCUCUGGACAAAGUGGUCCUCGGGGAGCACCUCGAGGUCGUGGAGGGCCCCCAAGACCCAACAGAGGGAUGCCUCAAAUGAAUGCUCAGCAAGUGAAUUAAUCUAAUUCACAGGAUUACAUUUAAACGCCAAAAACACACUGGCCAGUGUACCAUACAUGUUACCAGAAGAGUUAUCUCUUUCUUCUCCUUUAUAGGAAAUUCAUAGUAAAGGGAUUAUUUUCAUUGCCCAUAAAGACACUACUACAGUUGUCAGCUUUAUAUUACCUGGAUAUGGAAAGAAACAACGAUUACUCUGCAUGUUCUGUCCUAAGCAUCAUCUUGAGCCUUGCACAUGAAAUCCAGAAUUUUUACUCUUGCUGAAUAAAAAUGAAAAUGGCAAUUUCAAGGUGAUGAAAAACUCCAUAGUUCACUGAACAGGCAUAAAUAACCUGACUGGCUCCAUUGAUGUUAUGUAGUGCUGCAGCAAAUUUGGAUAAAAAAAAUCUGUAAACCCCUUUAAUGUUUUAUUCAGACAAUUGUUAUAUUUAAACUUCUACAUGAAAAGAAGAUGGAAGAAGUGAAGUGUGGUUUUAACACAGCAACUGCAUUUCCCCUUUUCUGUUAGAUGGAAGCACUGAACGUUUACAACACAUAAUAAACUAUGCUUAUACCCCUAGAUGAUAAGCUGAUGGACGGCUUAGGCACGCCCUUAGUUACAGCAGUUUUCUCUUAGGCUGAUGUGCUGUGGCCAAGGGGGGGGGCAUUAAUUGUUUUGUGUAACUGUUAAUAAUUGUGUAAACCCAAAAUUAGGCUUUGAUUGGCACUUUAAAUUUUUCUGUAAGGAAUAGAAUAUGUAAUCUGGUUGGCCACUUGUGUUUUUAAUGUGAAGUGUUAAAAGAGUUCUCUCCUGAACACAUUUCCUGGAUAGCAAUGACAUUUGUAGGGACUGGUAUUCUUUUAUCUUUCCUUAUGACUUGCACAUU